GCUUAGUUAUUUGACGAAUUGCAGCAAGCCAUUGCUUGCUGCAAUCUUUGACCUAAUGAGUCUGACGAGUCCAGUAUCAGACUAUCAGGAGGCAGUUAGAUGUCGAUGAGCUCCUCCUGCCUCCUCUCUCUCCUUCUCCCCUGCCUGCUCUCCUUCGUCCUCCUCCGCCUCCCCUCCACCUUGCUGGACCCCGCCGCCGCCGUCCCCCGCGUCAAGAGGUCCCCGCCCCUCCCUCUCCGCUUCCGCCAUGACGGCGCCUUCAAGAUCCUUCAGGUGGCGGACAUGCACUUCGGCAACGGCGCCGCCACACGCUGCCGGGACGUGGCGCCGGAGCUCGGCGGCGCGCGCUGCUCCGACCUCAACACCACGCGGUUCCUGCGGCGGCUCAUCGAGGCAGAGCGGCCCGACCUUAUAGUCUUCACUGGGGACAACAUAUUUGGGAGCAGUGCAACCGAUGCAGCAGAAUCACUACUCAGAGCAAUUAACCCUGCUGUGGAGUACAAGGUACCAUGGGCUGCCAUAUUAGGGAAUCAUGACCAGGAAUCCACAAUGACCCGAGCAGAACUGAUGACAUUCUUGUCUUUGAUGGAUUACUCAGUAUCUCAAGUAAAUCCUCCUGGAUUUUUGGUACAUGGGUUUGGCAAUUAUCAUGUUGGCAUCCAUGGACCAUUUGGAUCGGAGUUGGUGAACACCAGCCUCCUUAACCUGUACUUCCUGGAUAGCGGGGAUCGUGAACUCGUCAAUGGAGUUAAAACUUAUGGUUGGAUCAAAGAAUCUCAGCUAAUUUGGCUCAGUGCUACUUCAAGAGAGCUUCAGCAAAAUUUGCAUGCCCCUGCAUUGGCAUUCUUCCACAUCCCAAUUCCAGAAGUCCGAGAUCUGUGGUACACAAGUUUUAAGGGUCAUUAUCAGGAGGGAGUGGCUUGCUCAUCAGUAAACUCGGGUGUCCUUAGCACCCUCGCCUCCAUGGGAGAUGUAAAAGGUGUCUUUCUUGGUCAUGAUCAUCUUAAUGAUUUCUGUGGCGGCCUUAAAGGUAUAUGGUUCUGUUACGGUGGCGGCUUUGGUUACCAUGCCUAUGGAAUACCUCAUUGGCCGAGGAGAGCUCGUAUGAUUUAUAUUGAACUUAAGAACGAGCAGAGAUCAUGGACGGAAGUUGAGUCCAUACAGACUUGGAAGCUGCUGGACGAUGAAAAGCUUUCCAAAAUCGAUGAGCAGGUCCUGUGGAGAUGCAGUGAAGACGAUCUGUACCACAAUGUCUACUUAUAAGAGCAGGAGUCUGUGAAUUGCCAUGUUGUACAAUAUAUGUUUGACCAAGUACAGUCCUUCAAUGAUGUAGCCUUGUAGGUAGUUGAUUGAUUGAUUCUUGUCAAGCUGGUUUGCCAUGGACCAAGUCAUCAUAUUUGAUGACAUUGUUGUCUUGUUGUAUGCUAAAAGCUCCUUGCUUGGGUUGUUGAAAGCAGUCCUGAACAUGGUUUGUGAGGAGGCAGUUCGUGUUCUUGUUGUUGCAGUUAGCAUCAUGUUCGAUUUUCUUUUCUGCGCAGCAGUUUGCCAGAAUA